AUGUCUCGGUCGUUCUUAGUCGACGCUCUGAUCAGUGAUACGAAAGAUUGCAAGAAAAAUGAACUGUCUAGUGAGCCUAUACAUCCUUACGCGUUGAUCGGACACCACUUGGAUCCGCGUUCGAAGUACUUACCUUACCCUUACCCGGGGAACUUAAACAAUCUCCUGAACAUCGGCCUGCAGCAACAGCGGGCUCCGGAUUUAUUUAGACCAUUUUUGGAGCAGUUGAAUUUCCGCUAUCCUUUACUGCAUCAGCUGCCUCGCCCUGAUUUCUACGAAGCUCAAGCUGAACCUAAACCUUUUGAAGGAUACCUGAAAACUGAAGAACAAGAGCCUGUGAACUUUGUGAAUAGGCGAAAGAAGUCUGUAUCUCCGUAUCUUCACCAUCCUUAUAAAGUGACUACAUCUCCUUCCAAGAGUCAAGGACAGCGGUCACCUUCGUUAUCCAGUGAAAGCCGGAAUGGUACUCCAAGCCCACCACUGGGUCACCCAGAGGAACUUCUGCCAGGAUACUCGAAGGAUUUAAAACGUGUACCACUAAAGGAAGACUCCAGCAAGCGCAUCAGGACAGCCUUCACGGGCACCCAACUCCUGGAAUUAGAAAGAGAAUUCUCAAUGAAUAUGUAUCUAUCAAGAUUGAGGAGAAUAGAAAUUGCUUCCCGUUUGAAACUGUCUGAGAAACAAGUGAAGAUCUGGUUCCAGAACCGCCGCGUUAAGCUAAAGAAGGAGGAAUCCCCUGUGUCUUCCGAUCCUCGUGCUAAGAAGUGCUGCUGUGCUAAGAGUACCUGCUCCUCAAAAGACCAGGAAGCUUGCGAUCAGGAACAAAUAGACGUGGUUAGUGAUCAUGACAAUAGUUACGAAGCUCAAAACCUUUCUCAGUAUUCUUGA